AUGUCGCUUCUUUUGCCUCGCCUCGCAGUAUUGCGGCUCGAGUCAGUCGCUCUCGGAAGCCACCGCUCCAUUGCCACCGUCGCGCAUAGACAUCAUCCGAACCCAGGGAAUUUUGCCAACCGCCCUAGAGAAGAGUUAGAAGAAAUAGGAUAUCGAGGUGGGAAAAAAGGCGGGAAAGCGAAAGGUAGUGGUGGAUUUCAUAGUAUGGACCCCGUGAAGCAGCGUGAGAUAUCUUCUGCAGGUGGACGAGCAACAAAAAAAGCAGCCCGCGAAUUUGAGGAAGCUGCUACGGAGUUCGGCCAUGAGGGCUCUGCACAUGCAUGUCAUACUUGGAAAUCCCAUGAGCCAUCCGUUGUGCCGCCGGCACUUGGGGAAUGGAAAUCCACAUGA